AAUAAGAAGAAUAUUAAGAAAUCCAUCUCCUAAAACCUAUUCUCCCAAUCCUCUCAAUUCUCGAUCUCGAUCUCUCUAAAGGCCUAGGACGAUUCUCUUGUUCUUUCUCAAAUCCCUAAUUCUUCCCCAAUUCUCCAUAAAUCCCCAAUUUCCCAACGUCACAACUAGAUCCGAUAGAACCAUAAUAAACAGGUUUCUAUCAUCUGGUAUCAGAGUCAGAAUGAGCUCAUCAAAGUUCUUCGAUCCAUAAUGGGUCCGUCUCAGCCAGCGGUUGCAGCAGUCUCUUGACCGCUACGAACGGGAAAAGCGGGAGAGAGCGAAGGGUGCGGCGACAGCUGAAGACUCGACGGCAGCUGAGACGGUUGUGGAUGCGGACGACAAAGAAGCAUCGGCGGAGACCUCGACUCUGGUUGCGAGCACUCUUACUGAAUCCAUGUCAAAAUUUGAAGAGCUCUCACUCAGAGAACUUACCAGGGUUUUAAAGUCGAAGUUGGAAGAGGUGACAAAGGACGAUGGGACGGCUUUACCAUCGAGUGAUUCACUUCCACCAUUCGCAGCUGAAAUCACCACCGUGCUUCUACCAGUAGCAGUCGAAGAACAAGAUGCCACAGACGAUGGUGAGGAACGAGCAGAGCAUCUGGGCGUGGAGGAGUUUGGGGCGACCGAGUUGCCAGUCACAGAUGAACCUUCCAUCGCCAGCAACAAACAACAGCAGCCCCAGCAGACCACCGCGCCGCUGCAACCACCGCCACCAUCGGAUCCGGCAUGGGUCACCUUCAACGAUUCCGUGGGAAUUUCCCCUCAAGAGUUUGUGGAUUCCUUAUUCUCAACGAAGUCUCUAGUACCAGUGACGGAGAUCGACCAGGAGCUAAUCGCCUUUCAGCUUCAUAUGUCCACAACUGAAGUUUUUGCUCUUAUAGCCGCACCAGGGAAGCACUCUGGAGAAUUCAUCGCCAGAGGUCAAGCAUGGAGGACAGGGAAGAACGGUAGAGCCUGUAAUUGGAAGUACAAGAAGAAGAAACCUGUGAAAUUGUCGUCCAAACACCAAGGGAAUUGCUCGACACCGCUCGAGUCGCUGAAGAUGGAGCCGAAGGAGAGAGCAACGCCGAAAACACAAAAGGGAAGGACAAGGCCAGUGGAGACGCCGACCUACGAGAAGUGGAAGCCGAAGCCAGGGCCGGAAUCAAGCUGCCAACCUCGUCGCCGUGUGGGUUGUUCGCUGCCAGUGAGUAAGGCGAAGAAGAAGAGGUCUAAAGUGGACGGACGUUUCGGUCAACGGAGGAGCGCCUCGCCACCGAGGAACGAGUCAACAAAGGAUGAGAGCGGCAAAGUCUCUUUCGUCGAGUCAUCGUUCGGAAGGGAGACGGGAGAGAGGCAGAGCAACGGGGUCUAGGACUAGUCGCCUCUGUGCCUGGUGGAAUACCCGCAGUCAUAGAAGUUGACAAUGGAGCUGUGGACAGGGCCGGAAGCCGGCUCAACUCCUUGGCGCUGGCCGAACUGCUCGAUGGCAAGGGGGAAGAAGGAGGGCGGCGACGAUGACCUCUUCCUUGCAAACCCUCACUCGACAUAUUUGGGUCACGCAUCAAAGCCGCAAAGGGAGACCGA